GGCGCGGCGGUACUUCCGGGCAACAACACAGAACAUCUGUGGGGUUGCCAGGGGAGAUGGAUUAUUAUUGAUUUGAUGGUGACAGUGCAAGGCGUUCAUUGAAAAUUAUUGAAUUUUUAUCGAUCGUAUUCUUCCUUAAAUUUAACCCUAACAAUAUUGCUCCAAAUGGGAAAAUCCUGAUAGGAAAUUGACAAUUUCACUUUCAAGUUGUUUUGAGUUAUCUGCUUGAUACUCGGGAAAAAUAAUUAUGAACAGUUGUGCAAGAAAGGAAAUUAAACAAACAGAACCCGGCUCCCUAUCGAAUAACUGAUCAAUAGCUAUGUAGAGCUCUCGAUUUUGAGCCAAAGAUGGCUCUAGUUAGGCAAUAGAGGCUUUCACUCCCCCAAAUGCCCCAGCUUUUGAAAGCGUAAUUUACCGGUCUUCUGCCGAUGGUUUUGUCAGUGUAGCACGCGACUCUACUGUAGCCAGACGCAAUUAUGAUCAGCUACAAUCGUCGCAUCAUGAUCGGCUACGCGAUCGUCGCUUUAUUUGGCGUCGUCCAGUCUAGAGCUGUGAAUAUUAGCAAUACGUGGAUGUUGCCUGAGGAGGGAUUUCCAGUAUUCUACCGCUAUUUCCGGGAUCGCAUUUCAUGGUACGAAGCAGACGCCGUAUGCCAAUUUCAUCAUGCCAACUUAGUUACUGCCGAUUCUUCUUCGCAGUACGACGCCAUUCGAGCCUACUUAAAGGAACUGGACAUUACCGAAAAAGUGUGGAUUGGUCUAUCUAAGCCUCAGGAAAAGCUCAUCUACUCAUGGACUUCCUUCGUGGGCUUUGGGAUCCAGAGGGUGUCUGCUCACUGAGUUACCAUCUUUAACGGUUUUGUAUAUUCCCGAACAAUCUGCAUUGGAGCUCACUUCAGAUUGUGGUCUGGAUGGCACAAAACGAAUCGCUUGUAAAGGCAAUGCGGACCACGAGGAAAUGCUGAAGCAACUAACAUGCGUGAUCGCUCACGAGGACAUGGAUGAUGAGAGGACGUCGAAGACUUCCGUUGCGGAUUAUUUCGAGUCUUCAACGUGGGCCGACACGGAUGGCGAUGGAACAGCGACGAAGAAUUGGAACUUAAAUACUGUUAAUCCUGAACACUUGACUUCAACCAGACAUCGGCGGGAAACUGAAGACACUCUAAGCCCAGUAGCCACUAAGAGUUCUUUUAAAGAGAUAUCGGGAACAAAUAUUUCUUGGCAAGAUCAGCAUGAGGAUAAAGUGGUUUUAACUACCCAGCAUAUUUUGCUGGAGUCGCAUGUAAGUCCGACACCAGCCACUACUUCGAACAUACAAAAACUGGCGGAUGGGGCAGAUCUGAAAAUAACUGGCUUGGACCAUGAUGAUAAGAGAGUCAGCACCGAGUUUCACAAAGAGGUGGAUGAAAAGUUGAUCCACACUUCGACCGAGCAGCUCCUCACUACCCCAACAGCUGUGGAAGUUUCCAGCCCAUCACCGAAACCCACCGAAGAACUAACCAAGUCGAUUCCGACCCUGAAAACCGAUAGGAUCAGUGAAUCUCCGAAAGCUUCAUCAUGGGAAGCCACCAGCACGACCACCAUGCAAGAAGGCAAUGUUGAAGACUAUCCAAGUGCAAUCAGUCAAGGACAAUUGUUCAGUAUUAUCGAAAAUGGUACAAUGUUCGAUGUCAUCGAGCUAAAUGAAACAGAGCAACAGUUGCUCACAUCGAAGAGCAAAAUUGUAUGGCCAGCAUCAACUACCGGAGCCAUCCAAUCAACGACCACUCAAUCGAGCAUUGCGGAUGGUGCCACCAAACUUCCUAUACCAACCAAAAAACCCGUCACAAAGAAGCCGAUUCCGCCGACAAAAAAAGCUCCAAAGAUGCCAUACAAGAAGGACAUGGUUGUUAAACACCUGCUGGAAGCCCCAACGACUAGCAGGAUCCGAUCGGUGGACGAGAUGGAAGAGCAGCUGACAAAAGAGUUCGAUAUGAUGCCUGAUAUCAGCGACACGUCGCUGAGGCUGAACAGAACAUUCAGGAAGGAACUGCCUCCCAUAGUCAGUGAAGAAGAGCCCAUUGAGCACGCCAGUUUGGAGAAGGGAAGCCAGUACGGAGUUCCCAGCAUAUUAAACUUUACCGCAGUAAAUGCUGUGGAUAAAGACGAAGCAGUGCAAGGAGCAAAAGAUACAAAUAGCACAGAAACUGUAGCAAUUUCCGAUAGAAUUGAGCCACUAGUUGCGAAACAGCCGGUGGCUGACACAGCAGCAAAUGCGUCUGGAGACACAUCGAAUUAUCGAUUGGUCGAAACUGCGGUCACAGAAGUGGAGAAAGUUGUUGCUAAAAAACCUCUGGUAACAGCAAGCUUGCCGGAAGACAAUAUCGAGACUUCCAGAAAAUUAGCCGGAGUCGAACGCAACCCGAUCGACCCAAGACUGUACAUGCUUAACCAACACCCUGCUCUACAUCCGAACAACCAUAACGACUCACCUGUCUUAGGCUCAAUAGCCAAAGAAGAGUUUCUUCCUAAAUCCCUCAUAGGGGACAAACAGUCAACACCUGAGCCUCCGGCACCAAGCGAUACCAGUCUACUGGUCCAAACUUCUGAUGGCGACUCCCAACUCCCUUUCCCAUCUGAAGCACCCAAGAAGAAAAAAGACAGACACCUGAUGUUGCAUAACACCAAUGUAUUCCGGAAAUUCUACCCAUAUUUGUUCAGCCGAAUGCUUGGUUGAGCUCAGUAAAGUAAUUGUUUCAAAGCCAUUGAAUGAUGGUUUCUCAUGGAUGGUUCAGAGUGGAAACUCUGCAUUCAGUAGUUGAAUCAUCAUCGUUCGAUGCAAUUGCUAUGUUACAUACCUAUUGGCAUACUAGAUGGGACUUAUUUGUGUUCAAGCAUAGAUAUAUUUUGCACAACGUAAAUUUGGCCAACUCAAACAUACAGGGUGGAUCUGAGUUGCGGUAAGAAAAAGUAACUUUUGAAUUUUGGAAUCUUCUCAACUGUGUUCGUCUUCUACAACUUGUUUUGCAUAAUCCCCAUUUUUUAACAGAUAGUUAAACAGAUAGUUUUAUUAAUGCUUCAGAUAAUUAAUGUUUCGGUCUCUACCUACAAUCAUAAACAUGAUAAAGUGUUUGCUGGCCGACUUAAACCUGUUUGAUAGAUUCUAGUCGGUAGAAUUUAAAUUAAAUAUUCCCCUUAGCGUUCAUGUAGCAUGCAAGAAUAAUUGCAAUCUUUAAUACCUAUUUACAGUAGCCAAACUGAAAAUAUAACGAUAGCUCUAGACCCUCAUUUAAGUACAUAACACAAAGUUGUCAAGAUCGAAGUUUUUUAUCUAGUGUUAGUUCCUUAGACCUAAUCAUGUUUUACCAUUUCUUUGUUGUUAUAAAUAUGCCCAAUGCGCAGCCAAGAAAUUUGAUAGGGAAAUUUUGAGAAAUUUAUAUUUGAACUAUCAAACGUAAGUUAUAUUUACUCAGUACACUUACGAUUAGUCUAAGAAUUAAAUUAAUGAUACUGCUAAAUAUUUUAAGCUAAACACACACCGUCCUUUUGCUUAAGACACACGAGUUCGCAAUAUAUGUGCCUCCAAAUUAAUUAGAGAACUUUACGAAACAUAUCUGUUACUCCCCCCAAAACGACAACAUUUCUGGCAGCAACAUUAUUUUCCCAAAAGCUACCUACUUUUUGAUUGAGAAGCAGAGUUUGUUAAUAUCAAAAGACUUUCGAGGCCAUUCCUUAAAACUGAUGGGUUUUUCGGGUUUUUAGGCCGUCGUUCGG